AUGGGGGUCCAAAACUGGCAAACAGAGGAGAAAAAUGCCUCAGGAUCGAUACAGGAUGACAAGAAUAGUAUUGUCACGGCGAAGCCAGUGGAAGAAGACGACGAGCCGGAUGAAUGGAACAAACGCAUCUUCAGCACGGGCUGCUCGGUCGAGAAUGCCAAAAUGACGGACUGCUACUAUGAGAAGAAGGACUGGAGAGCGUGCGCCAAGGAGAUGGAAGAGUUCAAGGAGUGUUGGAAGCGUCAUGGCAACGAGGAGCGCACCGCCAGCCGAGACGCUUGA